AUGGAGACUAUUGUUUGUAAAAGUAGUUUAGCGAGUGGUGGUGAGAAGAGAUAUACUGAGGAAGAGAAGGGUAAGGCUCCGGCUGUGGAUCCUUGGUUAUCAGUUGGGCCUAAUUAUCCAACUGAUUUAUCGGUUGGGCCUAAUUAUCCAAUUGAUUUAGAUUCAUGGCCUGACAUUGAUGGCUUACUUGAAAUUGGUCAUCCUUGGGAAGAUGUACAUCUGUUAGGAACUCCAUCUAUAGAAUUUAGAGAAGAGCAGCCACCAGCAUUAGCUGAUAGGGAUGAAAGGGCUGGAGUUUUAAUCAGACAAGAACCAGGCGCAGUUAGGUACCGAGGAGUUUCGAGACAAAGUGCUAAACAAUUAGCACGCGUUGAUUACCUUACUGAGGAAUUCGGAAAUGGAUCUUCAAGUCAGGAAAACAAAUCGCCUCCUUUAGAAGCUGACGUGCAGCUAGGAAAUUCUCCUGGACCCUUUUCUGAUGCACUUAAGAUGAUAAAAGCACGAAAUGCUAGGCCAGGUGCUCUAAAGUUGAUUGAGUGGAAACCUGCAGAAGAUAAUCAUGGUCAUAGUGUCACGGUACCCCUUGUUCCUUCACUGUUGGAUCUUUCUUUGAGAGCUCUAGCAGAGAACGCCGAGGGAAUUGUGUCGCUUGAACUGGUGCCAGAUAUGCUUAAGAGGCGAUUAACUGAUUUGUUGUGUGAUAUCCGGAAAAUGGAUGUGCAUAUCUUGGACCUCUUAGUAAAAGGAUGCCCCACUGAGAUACGAAUAAAAAACUGUUCGUGGUUAACUGAAAAACAGUUCACUCAGGUGUUUCAGAACUGCGAGACAAGAGAUUUGAGGGUACUCCAACUGGACUUGUGCGGGCAAUGCACGCUUGAUUAUGCAUUUGCUGAUACAUUUGCUCGGUUUUCAACUAGCUUGCAUAAUUUGGCUAUCCUUUCCCUUAGAGGUGCCUGUCGUUUAACAGACAAUGGACUUCAAACAAUUGUAACGUCAGCCCCUGCACUUCGAUCUAUAAACUUGGGACAGUGCACUCUUCUAACUUGUGCUGGCAUUAAAUUUAUAGCCUAUUCUCUGGGAUCAAUUUUGAGAGAGCUCUAUAUAGAUGAUUGCCAAAAAAUAGAUGCAAUGCUUAUUCUACCUGCAUUGAAGGAUUUUGAACAUUUGGAAGUGUUGUCAGUUGCUGGAAUCCCGACUGUAAGCGAUCAAUUUGUGAAUGACUUGAUUACCAUAUGCGGUCGAAAUAUUAAAGAGCUUGACUUUGCUAAUUGUCUUAAUUUGACAGAUCGUUCACUUCAAGUCAUUGGGAGUAUUUGUGCUGAUUUACGUUCACUAAACAUUUCGCACCUGCAUCACUUGACAGAUUUGGGAAUAGAAUACCUUGCCAAUGGUUGUCGAAGAAUUCAAAAGCUCAGACUUUGCCGCAACCGGUUCAGCGAUGAAGCUAUGGCAGCAUUUCUAGAAAGUUCUGGAGAGUUUUUGGAGGAACUCUUGCUGAAUAAUGUGACGAAGGUCGGCCCCAACACUGCCUUGGCACUCGCCAAAUGUUCAAGAAAGUUGCUAAGUUUGGAUCUAUCGUGGUGUCGCCAAAUUACUGACAAUGCAUUAGGUUUGAUUGUUGAUAGUUGCUUGUCACUGAAGCUGGUCAAAGUCUUCGGUUGUACAGAGAUCACAAAUUUAUUUCUCAACGGGCAUUCCAAUCCACAAGUGCAAAUAGUCGGAUUAAAUUUGACUCAUAUAUUGCAGAAUGUAAAUAUGCUCGAACCUGAGGAGGUUCUAUUGCGCUAUUCGCCUCUGCCAAUUCCACAGGAAUCCCUGAUGUGA